ACCGCGAGUCCUGUCAUGAUGAGAGGUGGAUGAUUUGGCGGCCGAAGCGCGGACCGAGGGCCGGACAGUUGGACAGACAGACGGACGGACAUAGGCACGCGUACAUGCCCCCCAUCAGUGACUACGUCCCCUCCAUCAGAUGACCGGACAUCGGACAUGCGACAUUACCACGAGGAUAUCUACUCAAACAUCCGUUAAUUUGUUAUAAUAGCGUGUAAUUGUGGCGCACUAGCGACAGAGCAGGAGGCUGCUGGCCAACUCAGUCUAGAUCCAUCACUUGGCGACAAUUAGCCGACUGAUAGUAACCCCUCAAUAUCUCUUGCACUACUUGUGUGUAUCACUACUCUGUGAAUGAAAGUGUCCCGUCACUCAUUCUGUAGCUUGCCUCCGCCCCCGCACUUGCCGCCCCGCGCGUGCUCACUCAUUCAUUGGUUGGAGGAAGCACGCGAGCUCCGGUUUUUGUCAUAUUAAUUGUUAAAGGCGAAAUAAAGAUGUUGAAAUGACAUAAAAAUAAACACAGGCUUGAGUCAGAGCCAAGCGUUCACAGCUGACCGUUUUGUAUAUAAGGCGGGAGUGUAAAGGAGACAGCAGACAGUACGACUGACAAACAGACAUGGAUCUGAUUCAAGUAAUAUGCGUGUUCCUACUAAGCCUGAUCUGCACGUGCAGGGGGAGGGCGUGGCCGUUCACUGACCGGAUCAACUUCGUGGGGCCGGACCCAGCCGAGCAACUGCCGCGAUGUCCCCGGGAGAACAAGCCCUGCAAGGUUUUGGUGCGUGAAUACUUUGGCAACGGGACGUUGAAGCAGGAGACCCGUAGCGGCAGCAUGUGUCUGUGUGAAGGCGGCACGUGCCCGACUGAGUGGGACCAUAACCCGGAGAGAUCCGUCACCAGAUUCCUCCGCACACCACGCGGCUCGGAGACAACGUUACAGCUCAAGUUCUGUCAGACAGUCCACGCCGAGCGAAUCUGUCAGCCCCACGAGGUAGCACUAUCGCUCAAGGGUAGAUCCAUUCUGCCUUCGGAAGUGACAUCAAUCAACUGCAGGUGCUCGGACAACCGGCCUCUGCAUCUCCAGAGUGUACUGUAUGAAAGUUACGAAAGGCACGAGAACUUCGUGUGUUCUAUGCCGGACUGUGCCCAUCCCUCGCGAGGCAGCGCCACCUGUCAGCUCAACUUCCGGAACUCCACACGACGUGAGAGCCGGGUGUUGUGCAAGUGCCCGGAAAACAAGCAAUGCUCCUCACAGCGCAGCCACGGUUCCGAGUAUACGUUUGGGUACUGCUUGACGUCGAUGUGAGGAGUCCAAGCGAACUGCGGCGAUGACCACCUUGCCCGGUUGUGUCCAGGCAUAUAUUCUUGGGUUCUUAUGCUGGUGUAUACACAGCUUUUCCCCCCGAGAUGGAGGAACUGUUUUCAGUAUUCGUUGUAUAAUAUUUAUUAUCAUUAUAAUGCCAUUGUACGUCACGGCUUAAGGUUUGUCAAUGGACACCUACAGCACCUGAUAUACACCCAAUAUCUGACCUUCCUAUUGGUUGUGAGUUGAUGACAUCACAUUGAGCGAUCACGUGACAUGUCAGUGCUCCUGAUCCGACAUCAGCCACGCCCAUACGUCAUUUACGUCCGCUCUUCGCUAAAGUCUGGAAUCCAGAAUUUGACCUUUUUUAGAAGUAAGGUAAUGUACAAUGGUUAACCCCUCAAUGGGGAGUUAGUCACAGAUGGCGAUUGCUACACUUUGUCCCGAGUGUCAUGUGACAUGAUACGUCACUGCCGCCAUGUUGUCCCCUUCGUACAGGGAGAUGGGGACAGUUGUGUAUGUGUGGGGCGUUACCUACUCAGUUGUGUAUAAAUAAUUCGUUGUAGUUGUAUGAUCCUAUUCCUGUCUAAAACGUGGCGUCAUAUGAUGUCCCCCGCGUACAUCUACUAUCUUGACGUAUAGUUAUGUCCUCAUUAAAGACAUUCAUUCCAAGUUA